AUAAAACUACGCCUUUCAAAUCGAUGUUUGGUUCAUCAGCCAGAGUUUCAGAGAACAAGAUAGAAGGAAGGGGAAAAAUCAAAGGAAAAAAAAAAAAAAAGAAACGAUUUGUUCAAUAGCUGCAAAAAUGAAGGGAUGUUCAGAGCUUGCUUUACCACCUGGGUUUAGAUUCCACCCAACUGAUGAAGAGUUAGUUUAUCACUAUUUGUGUAGAAAAUGCAGCGGCUUGUCUAUUGCUGUUCCUAUUAUUGCAGAGAUUGAUCUCUACAAGUUCAAUCCAUGGGAGCUUCCUGAUUUGGCUCUUUAUGGUGAAAAAGAAUGGUACUUCUUUUCUCCAAGAGACAGAAAAUAUCCAAACGGGUCAAGGCCGAACCGGGCUGCUGGAAGCGGAUAUUGGAAGGCGACCGGGGCGGAUAAGGCCAUUGGAAAGCCCAAAGCAGCUGGCAUUAAAAAAGCACUUGUGUUUUAUGCUGGGAAAGCUCCUAGAGGAAUCAAAACUAACUGGAUCAUGCAUGAAUAUCGCCUUGCAAAUGUUGAUAGAGCUCCUUCCAAUAAAAACAACAACUUAAGGCUUGAUGAUUGGGUAUUGUGUCGAUUGUACAACAAAAAGGGAAGGAUAGAAAAACAUUACCCUAUCCCUAUUGAUAACAAAGUAAUGGAAUUAGCAGAAGAAACAGAGGAGCAAAAGCCUGACAUUAAAUUUUCAGGUGAAUAUAUGACUAACAUAAUGCAUCCUCAACAAUCACCAUUGAAUGACCUAUUACAUCUGGACACGUCAGAUUCAUUGCCACGAUUGCAUACAGACUCAAGUUGCUCGGAGCAGGCGUUAUCGUCGCCGGAUAAGGAGGUGCAAAGUGAAGCAACAUGGAAUGAGUUGGAUAAUGCAUUUGAUGAUUUUCAAUUCAACUACUUAGAUAGCUUUCAGGAUAACCCAUUUGGUCUACAAGUGCAGUAUCAUAUGGACCAAUUAUCACCAUUACAAGAUAUGUUCAUGCUUCUACCUAAAUGAGGUUGGACUUUUCAAAGUUAUACAAAUCACCUAUGUCAGAUUCAAUGAGGUGACUUCUGACAAAAUUGUGCAAAUGGGAAAGCCAGAGAUUUGUUAGAUUUUCCUUGUGUUAAUAGUUGUAGGACAAUCAAUUCUUACUGGAGAAACAUUGUAAAAGAUUUUUUUAUAUAGAAAUAUAAAUAUAAUUAAUUUUAAAAAUCCCUUUUCA